AUGGUUCAGGCUCCUACCAAAAAGCCCACCAAAACCCGUUCGGCUUUACACGACGUGGUCACUAGGGAAUACACCCUUCAUCUUCAUACCCGGAUCCACGAUUUGGCUUUUAAGAAGAAAGCACCCAAGGCCAUCAAAGCCGUCGUCACCUUUGCUCAAAAAUCAAUGGGCGUCAAAGACGUUCGUAUCUCUCCCGGUCUCAACCAAGCCAUCUGGGCCAGAGGUAUCAGGUCUCCACCCCGACGUAUCCGUGUGAGACUCGAGAGGAAGAGGAAUGAUGAUGAGGGGGCAAAGGAGAAGCUUUACGUCGUGGCCAGCGUCGUGGAGGGAGUGACCAACUUCAAGGGGUUGCAAACCGUCGUGGUCGAGGCCGAAGAGUAG